ACGGCGGAGGUUUUAAAAAAAAUGAAAACAAAGGCGUGCCAAGUAAUUUUUUUUAGUGAAGCCAAGUCCCGCCCCCCUAAAAAAAAGGAGAAAACCCUAUAAUAUCAUUUUCACUAAAGAGAAUGACUGAGAGACUUUUCUUCUCCGGCCUGCCUGCCUGCCUUCCUCCUCUGCUCCUUUUCUUCUUCGUCUUUGCUCUUUGACUCUUCUUUCUUUCUUUCUUUCUCAUCUCUCUGCCUUUCUUCUUUUUUCCAUUCCGUUUGUCUCUUUCUCAAUCACAGUCUUGCUAGAAACCGAGCCCCAACGCUCCAAUCUUGAAGCAAUCGACAAUGAGAAACCUUGCUUGGUGUGUAGUUGCCAACAUCGAAAUAUUAGCGGUCGUGGGUGUGCAGUCUCUACCUUAUUUGCUGCCUCUGUAGACGCCGUUAUUCUCUGUCUCAGCCUUGCGGAUCUCGGAUCGAAGUGCUUUGGUGGAAUAUGCCGGCUUGUUAUAUUGCUGGUUGAGUUCUUUAAUGUUUCUAGUUCAUUGGCACCCCACAUUGGAUGGCUCCAGAAGUUAUCGAAGAAAGUCGCUAUGAUGGGAAGGUUGAUGUAUGGGUGCUUGGUGUGUCUGCAAUUGAAAUGGCAGAUUUAAUUUCUAAAGAAUAUAUUUUACAUUCUGUAGUUGCUACAUUAUAUACUUCCAAGCUAGACUCGACCUGCUCUGAGCAUUGUUGGUGCUGAGAAACCAGUAAUAUUUUGACAAAUCCCCAUUGAAAAUUACUUCAAGGAGUUCUUUCUCGGAAGCUCGGUAAUGUCACUCCUCAUGCUUCCUACUGAAAGGCAUUAUCCAGCAAAGGCUGCGUAUAGGAGAGGGAGCAUUAUGAGUACAAUAAUAACGAAGUUCACGACAUUUGACUUGUUGGAACGAGCGAAACAGUCACCAUUCAAGCAAUUCUUCUUAGCUCCGCCUCUACAAUAUUCUGGAGUUAUUAUUCACCAGUUACUGGUUAGGAGAGUUGUUGGUAGAGGAAAGAACGAAUACUGCUUGAAUUUUAAUAUUUGUGGUCAGAAUACAAGGUUUGGAAUUAGUGAAUUUGGUUUGAUCACUGGAUUGAAUUGUGGAAUUUCUCCGGAUCAGGCAAAGUAUAAAGAAAUGACCAAGAGUAAAAGACUUCUCCAGACAUACUUGAACAAUAAAGAAUGUUUGUCUUCUGAAGAGUUGGAAGAUGGAUUCAAAAGGUGUGAUGUGAAAGAAGACGUAUGGAAAUUAGGUCUAUGUUUUUUGGUAGACUCUCUUUUAUUACCUAGUGAACCAAAGAAGAAAUGCUUUAUUGAUGUCCUUUCCAUGGUGGAAAAUGAAGAUGACUUCUUCAACUAUCCUUUGGAGAGAUUAUCGUACGAGAAGACAUUAUUCGGCUUGACAAAAGAUAUGGAAAGGCUAAGGAAUAAAUACUUGAAGAAUGUUGAGCAAAAGAGAAAAAGACCAGCACCUCAGUACACAAUUUAUGGUUAUGCCAUUGCUUUGCAAUAUUGGGCCUAUGAAAUUUUCACAAAGUUCUCUGCAUUUGCUGAUCAACAACCCCUUGCCUUUCCAAGAAUGCUUAGCUGGUCAGCGCAUAAAAUGCUGAAAGAGAAAGAUAUUGAAGGUGUAUUUAAGAAAAAAAGUAAUCUUGUGAAGGCCACGCUCAAUCCAAGACCCGAAGAGAAAGAAUUUCAUGACUCUAUUAUUCAAGGACCAGAUGAACUACUCAUGGGACGUGUUAUUAGCUUUGUAGACGAUGAUGUGGAAUUGGAGUUUGAAAGGGAAGAACGUGAGGAAUCUCCCACAAAGCCCGAUGUAGCAGAUGGGCAUCGUCACGAGCAAGACCAGAAAGAGAUACCAAGUCCAAUUAACACCCACCACGAAAAGUUGUUAGUUGAUAUUGACACUUUGAAAAGUAACCAACAAAGAAUGGAGGAGAAGUUGGAUUAUCUAAUUGAAUUAGUGCUCUCGCAACGUAAAGGUAGUAAUUCUGAGGAUUCAUUAUCAGAUGAGCAUCUUGCUUCACCACAUCGUACAUUUAUUAUGGAGCACGUUGUUGGAGAAGACAGCCCUAGCUAUAAGGUGGUAUCUCCUGAAGAUAUGACUAGGGUGGAAUUCAAGAGAAGGAGGGUUCCAACGAAAAGAAUUUUUGGUUCCGAGUUUACUGAUCCAACUAGGAAGAAAAAGAAAGCAAAGACAAUUGUAACUGAUCCUUGUGAAAUUAAUCCCCUACAGCCAUAUGACGAAAAGCAAAUGAGAUGUUUUAAGAAAUGGGUAAUUGGUUUAAAAAAGAAUGAUAAGCCUAUUUCUCUCUUGGCUGGUUCGUGCACAGCGAAAUGGUUUAUUCAGCUACUUACACCACGUACAUGGCUGGACAGACUGCACAUUGAUGCAGCUUUAGGGUUGAUGAAAGAACGAGUGUACACUUACAAGAAGACUUACUCCGAAAGAUUCACCAUCGUGGAUUCUAUGUUCCAACAGUUCUUCGAACCACAUUGGGAACAAUUCAACAAGAGGAAAAUCAAAUUAAGCUACAUUUGGCCAAAAGAAGUGCUUGAUUACUUGGUAGGUGAUGAUAACAAUUUCAAAAGGAGUUGGAAAGACAUUGAUGAUGUGUUUACCCCAAUUAAUUUUUUUGGGACACAUUGGGUGUUGUUAGAGAUAUCAUUGACAAGCUAUCUUAUAAAAGCUUAUGACUCUGAUAUCACUGUGGUCUCCAACAAGGAGUUUGAGAAUAAAAUGAGCAGAUGGGGAAAAAUGCUACCAUUUCUAAUUCAAUCCAGUGGGCUGUUAAGCCAUAGGAAAGAUGUCCAACUACAAGCAGAGAAAGUGCGUUUUGAGUUCACAAGACUUGGCACAGAAAAAGUGCCACAGACCAAAACUAGUGGCGAUUGUGGGGUAUAUGUCAUCAAACAUCUGGAGUACUUGCUAGCCGAAAAACCGCUAUCCGAAGUAAAUGACGACAACAUGGAUUUCUUUAGAAAAAAGACUUGUGCAGAUUUUUUUUACCAUAACUUACAACCAUAGUUGUCUUUUAUUUAAAUAUAUGUAUCUUACUUUUGGAUGUAUGAAGAAACUAUGUCAACUUCAUCUCAUUAAAUGGUAUUGAAUGACUUCUUUUAUUUCAUCUUAA